GCAGUUGGUGAAACUCCUCUGUCUCCUACUCAUCUUUUCAUUGCUUGCUCCUCUCCUUCCCACAGACACCCCGGACCUUCCCUGGGCGCCAGCUCUUCGGCUCCAACGGGUCCAGAGACAAUCUGGAUUUUUUUUCCUCUUUCUCCACCCUUUCUGGAAACUGGCUUUGGUGUGUGUUUCCCUACCUCACUCCUCCCCCCCGCCAGCCCCCACCUUUUUUUUUUUUUUUUUUUUGUGAGACAUGGCUCGGGCAGUGGUUCCUGGAAGAGGAACAAGUGUGGGAAAAGGGAGAGGAAACCGGAGCUAAAUGACAGGAUGCAGGCGACUUGAGACACAAAAAGAGAAGCAUUGCUCUCGGAUCAAGGCAUUGCCUCGCUGCUUUCCUUUCGCCAAGACGGGUUGGAGGAUUUUACAGCUCUGAGCGGAGUUGGAGCAUUUGGGGCUUUUUAGAGUACUGUCUUUGCUGUAUUUUCCCUCCACAAGCUCGUUCUUCCGCUUCUGCCUGAGGAUCCGGAGAAGAGAGAAUGGCGAAGGGAGUGCUGCUCCUCUGUGCCGCGGUAGCCCUUACCCUGGCCCUGGCCAGCGCUUUUCGCAACGAUAAAUGUGGCGAUACUAUAAAAAUUGAAAACCCUGGGUAUCUUACAUCUCCUGGUUAUCCUCAGUCUUAUCACCCAAGUGAAAAAUGUGAAUGGCUGAUUCAAGCUCCGGACCCAUACCAGAGAAUUAUGAUCAACUUCAAUCCACACUUCGAUUUGGAGGACAGAGAUUGCAAGUAUGACUACGUAGAAGUCAUCGAUGGAGACAAUGCAAAUGGACGCUUGUGGGGGAAAUUUUGUGGAAAGAUUGCCCCUUCACCUGUAGUGUCUUCGGGGCCAUUUCUUUUUAUCAGAUUUGUCUCCGACUAUGAGACCCAUGGUGCAGGAUUUUCCAUCCGUUACGAAAUUUUUAAGAGAGGUCCGGAAUGUUCCCAGAACUAUACAACACCUACUGGAGUCAUAAAGUCCCCUGGAUUCCCUGAAAAAUAUCCUAACGGCCUGGAAUGCACUUACAUUAUCUUUGCUCCAAAGAUGUCAGAGAUUAUCCUGGAAUUUGAAAGCUUUGACCUGGAGCUUGACUCAAAUCCUCCAGGGGGAAUGUUCUGUCUCUAUGAUCGACUAGAAAUCUGGGAUGGAUUCCCUGAUGUCGGCCCUCACAUUGGACGUUACUGUGGACAGAAAACACCAGGUCGAAUCCGUUCUUCAUCAGGCAUUCUAUCCAUGGUUUUUUAUACCGACAGCGCAAUAGCAAAAGAAGGCUUCUCAGCAAACUAUAGUGUCUUGCAGAGCAGUGUCUCCGAAGAUUUUAAAUGUAUGGAAGCUCUGGGUAUGGAAUCAGGAGAGAUUCAUUCUGACCAGAUCAUGGCAUCUUCCCAGUAUAGCACCAAUUGGUCUGCAGAACGAUCCCGCCUGAACUACCCAGAGAACGGGUGGACUCCUGGAGAAGAUUCUUAUAGAGAGUGGAUACAGGUAGACUUGGGCCUUCUGCGCUUUGUCACAGCCGUUGGGACACAGGGAGCCAUUUCAAAGGAAACCAGGAAGAAAUACUACGUCAAGUCUUACAGAAUAGACAUUAGCUCCAACGGGGAAGACUGGAUCACCAUAAAAGAAGGAAAUAAACUUGUUAUCUUUCAAGGAAACACUAACCCCACAGAUGUUGUGUUUGGGGUUUUCCCCAAACCACUGAUAACUCGAUUUGUCCGAAUUAAGCCUGUGACUUGGGAAACUGGUAUAUCUAUGAGAUUUGAAGUCUAUGGCUGCAAGAUAACAGAUUAUCCGUGCUCCGGAAUGUUGGGUAUGGUGUCUGGACUCAUUUCCGACUCUCAGAUCACAGCAUCAAACCAAGCAGACAGAAACUGGAUGCCUGAAAAUAUUCGCCUCGUCACCAGUCGCUCGGGCUGGGCACUGCCUCCCGCACCUCAUCCCUAUGUAAACGAGUGGCUCCAAGUGGACCUGGGGGAGGAGAAGAUCGUUCGGGGCAUCAUCAUUCAGGGUGGGAAGCACCGGGAGAACAAGGUGUUCAUGAGGAAGUUCAAGAUCGGAUACAGCAACAAUGGCUCCGACUGGAAGAUGAUCACAGACGACAGCAAGCGGAAGGGCAAGUCUUUUGAGGGCAACAGCAACUAUGACACACCGGAGCUGAGAACUUUCCCACCUCUUUCCACACGAUUCAUCAGGAUCUACCCCGAGAGAGCCACUCAUGGAGGACUGGGGCUAAGGAUGGAGUUGCUGGGCUGUGAAGUGGAAGUACCUACAGCUGGACCAACCACUCCCAAUGGGAACCCAGUGGAUGAAUGUGAUGAUGACCAGGCGAACUGCCACAGCGGAACAGGUGAUGACUACCAACUCACAGGGGGUACCACUGUGCUGACCACAGAAAAGCCGACAAUCAUAGACAGCACGAUACAAUCAGAGUUUCCGACAUAUGGUUUUAACUGCGAAUUUGGCUGGGGCUCUCACAAGACAUUCUGUCAUUGGGAACAUGACAAUCACGUGCAACUUAAAUGGAGUGUGUUGACUAGCAAAACUGGCCCAAUUCAAGAUCACACAGGAGAUGGUAACUUCAUCUAUUCCCAAGCUGACGAGAACCAGAAGGGUAAGGUGGCUCGUCUGGUGAGUCCUGUGGUUUAUUCCCAGAACUCAGCCCACUGCCUGACAUUCUGGUACCACAUGUCGGGUUCCCACGUUGGCACACUGAGGGUCAAAUUACGCUACCAGAAGCCAGACGAAUAUGACCAGUUGGUCUGGAUGGUCAUCGGACACCAAGGAGAUCACUGGAAGGAAGGGCGUGUUUUGCUUCACAAGUCUCUGAAACUUUAUCAGGUGAUUUUUGAGGGCGAAAUCGGAAAAGGAAAUCUUGGCGGGAUUGCAGUUGAUGACAUUAGCAUCAAUAACCACAUUUCACAAGAGGACUGUGCAAAACCGAUAGACCUGGAUAAAAAGCACCCAGAAACUAAAAUGAACGAAGCAGGGAGUACGCCAGGAUACAAAGGUGCAGUGGAAGGUGAUGAGAACAUCUCAAGGAAGCCAGGCAAUGUGUUGAAGACCUUGGAUCCGAUCCUCAUCACAAUUAUUGCCAUGAGCGCCCUGGGGGUCCUUCUGGGGGCUGUCUGUGGGGUUGUGCUGUAUUGUGCCUGUUGGCACAACGGCAUGUCCGAAAGAAACUUGUCUGCCUUGGAGAACUAUAACUUUGAACUUGUGGAUGGUGUGAAGUUGAAAAAAGACAAACUGAAUGCACAGAAUACUUACUCGGAGGCAUGAAGGCAGGUGGAGAUGGAAAGACGAGUGGGAGAACUGAAUUGGAAGGACGGAACUUGAGCGUGCUGGGAAACUGUUGGAUCUUCUCUUACUGUACAAGCUGGGAAGUGCGUUGAGGACGCUGAGCCAGGCUUUUCUCAGGAGCGUCAAUGAGUAUAGCCGACAGACAUGAGCAAGUGAGAACAAUCGGAAUCAUGUACAUUCAGCUUUGGGGGUUUUUCUGUUGGUUUCAGUUGAAUAAUCAGAUGCUGGUGUUGAGACCAAGUAUUAUGGACUUAAGAAUUCAUUUUUCAACUUCCCUUCUCUCUCUUCUUCUCUUUCUCCUUUCCCUUUUAUGGAUUCUUUUUUUCUUUUUGGAAACUGUGCAAAAUCCAAGAUGCUGGCACCAAGUGUAUUCAGUGGGGCCCUUUUGAUGGACAUGCUACCUUUAACCCAGUGCCCAGAAAAAAUAUUAGACUAACUGCAUUUCCGUGGACUGGUGCAGCUGUACUUGUGUAUAAUUGCCCGCGUUGUGCAUAGACAAAGAAGGAUUAGAACGUUUUCUUUUUCGAAGUACUGUAGCCUCAGUACCGGUAUGGUAUAGUGUGUCAGCUCUGUUUACGAAGCAAUACCGUCAAAUUUUCUUGAUGUUUUCCAGUGUUGUAUUAAACCUCGUGCUUGUGGACUUCAUGCAGAAAAUUGUGCCAUCACCAAACACUGCUGGUAACUGGGUGUACUACCGACAACCGAAAUGAAAACUCCUUGGCACUGGCUAGUCUAUGUCCUAUCAAGUGCCUUUUUGUUUGUACUAGUUCUCAUUGUGUUCCAUUCAUGACUCACUCUGUUUCUCACUGGUGAAAGCCCUACUAUUUAAUCAAACCCCCCCGGUGGCUCACUGACUAAGAAGAAAGUAUAUUUUAGUGUGAGACGUCAGCCCCCGGGAAGGCAAGGGCUCAGAAGACUUGGCAAAUGUGGCUUAAUUGUUCUGCUUUUUUUCCAUCAUUCAAUUUCAUGUCUCUCGACCCUUUUGUAUAAAGCUGCAAUAUUCUCACUUAUUGUUCUUUCAUAUGGAAUGUAUUUUCAAAUGUAAACGCUUUCUCUCUCACUCUCUCUCUCUUUCCUAUCUCUCUGUCUCUUUUUUUUCUCUCUCUUAGAAUUUUAAGCAUUUGCCAUUGUCCAGAAAAGAAACUUGCAGCUUUAACCUUGCUGGGAAUGGCAAACAAUUUUACUAGGCUUUAUGUUUUAAAAUAAAUAAAUAAGGGAAAUUCCUAACUUUGCCCUCCAAAGUCUAACUUUGGUUUUCUUGUUAACUGGUUAAAGUGACAGUAUCUUUUUUCCUGAAGUCAUUUGUCCAUCUACCCUGAUUAGAAUGCUCAUCGAUAGAAUGUUUCAGUUGAAUAGAAUAGUGAUAAAUUGAGGGAAGGAAUAAUAUUAAUUGGCUUUCAAGUGAGACCUGAAGGAAGGCUGAAUAAAAGUCUCCUAAAUGGACAACAACAAAAAAAACCUCAUAAGAUUUUAUAUCCAAAUAUGCAAAAAAAUUGUCCCUGAGAACAUUCCUAUUUUGAUAGAGUCAAACAAGGGAAGUGGAAGGAAGAAUAGUUAAUUUAAGAAAGAAACUAUAAAUCAUGAUGCCUGGAGGUUUAGUAUUUUAAGAUAAGAGAGGGGAAAAUGAGCAAAGUCAAAACAAAUGCUUAAAAUAAUCCAUUCAGCAGUAACCCUGGGGGGAAAAAACCGGAAACUUGAAUGAAUGCUUCUAGAAAUAAUUCACAUGGCUCAUGAAGAAAAGGCUGAUGUUGGGGUUGGCGAGAGCUGCUAAGCCUCUAACAGCAAAAUUAAGUGAAUAUCGUAUUAAGGCGGUGCGUGCGCUAAGCCUAAGCAGCUUUGGUUGGAUUCUGUGUAGCUGUGUCGUGCCGUGUGGUACACGGUCAUUUUGAAGACUGUCCUCUGUAGCAUUGCUAUGGAUCUUGCUCAGACAUACUUGGGAGAGUCACAUUUGCAUCAUAUAUAGUCAGAACAAUCUCUUUUUCAUGACAUAAUUGGAUUGCGAAUGCCGUUUGUUUCCAGGAAAGUAUUGAUUAAUGUGAAAGAAGAAUUGGUUUUUGUCCCCAGAAGUAUUCAUUCAGUUAGAAUCAUAUCAGGAAGAAAAAAACUUAAUAUGAAAUGUUUUGUCCCCAACCACCACCCCCUCCAAGGCAACAGAUGUAAUGUUCCUCAACCAAGGAAAAAUGAUACUGCAACUUUAAAUUUUAAAGUAUCUUGCACUGAUAAAUAUAUUUAAAAAUUAUAUGUUUAUAAAGUUUUUAAUUUGUAAAGGCAGUGUUACAAAAUGUUCAGUUUAUAUUGUUUUAGAUUGUUUUGUAAUUUUUAAAGGUGUAAAAUAACAUAUUUUUUUUUCUUUAUUGAAAUCUAUAAAAACUUUCUGUAGUAAAAUGUUUUCAUUUUACUGGUAUAUUAUUGCUUCAUGUUUUGUACCAUCAUAAAAUUUUGUGCAAAUUUUUUUUACAGAAAUUUUUAUUUUCUAUGACAAUAUGACACUUGUAAAUUGUUGUUUCAAAGUGAACAGCAAAGCCUUAACUUUAAAUGACAUUUGUAUUCUCAGACACUGAGUAGCGUCAAAACCACAUAGAACUGAACUGUAACUUAAAAUUCCAAACUAUGACUACUACAUUCCAAAGAAACAGUUGAAUUAAAACAUUUUCAUAAAAUAUCC